CUUCUGUCCACUACAGAAAAGAGUAGAAGGUAUUUUGAUUCGAUUGAAGUAAUUUCCGGAAUUUCUAAGUACGAAACUUGUCUAGAACUAUUCUGGAGGCUUUUUUCGUAUCCCCAGUUUCUCAUCUAGAUUUCACUGAAUAAUCGGAAGACAUUCCACAGUUGUCCUUGCUGGUUUCUGUUCAUUGUUGAAGACAACUUAUCAAGUUAGUUACUUCGUUUUCAAAGUUUGGCGAAGUAUAUAUACUAUUUACACUGAUCUGAUAGCUGAAUUAACGGAUUUAGUAUUAGAUACAGCAGAUUACAUCAGUUUGGUUUGUCAAAAGUUGUUAUCUUUUUCGGAAAGGGUAUUGAAAUCACUUUUAUAAUUCAUUCGACUAUUUGAAUCGUGCAAUACUUCGAAAUCAAAUAGAUUUUUGUUAUUUUCAUUGCUUCCAUCAUUUUCCUAAAGCACAUCUUCAUACCAAAUGUCUAAAUCGUUUGUGCGUUCUAUCAAAAACGUUGCCAAUGGGUACUCGUCAGCCCAGAAGAUCGUUAGAAAAGCCACCUCCAACGAUCCGUCCGGUCCUACUACUUAUGACAUGGAAGAAAUUGCAUCGUACACCUAUCAAUCGCAAACUGACUUCUUGGAAGUCAUGGACAUGUUGGAUCGUCGUCUUAACGACAAGGGCAAGAACUGGCGUCACGUAGCCAAGUCCUUGACUGUAUUAGACUAUUUGGUCAGAUACGGCUCGGAAAAGUGUGUUCUCUGGUCCAAAGACAACUUGUACAUCGUCAAGACGUUGAGAGAGUUCAUACAUUUUGAUGAAAUGAACAACGAUCAAGGUGCCAUUAUCAGAGUCAAGGCAAAAGAAUUGGUUUCGCUUUUGCAAGAUGAUGAGAGAUUGAACAUGGAACGUUCAGCUGCUCAGAGAUCUCAAGGAAAUCACAGCAGAAACGAACAUAGAAGGCCCAGAUCCAGAAGAAACACUGUCAGUAACAGGCCUGUUAACGACGAUCCAUAUGAUAAAGAGUUGCAGAAGGCUUUGGAGUUGUCUAAACUUACUGCUGAAGAAGAAAGAAGACGUUUGGCUGAAGAUAGCGACGAUCCCGAGUUACAAACAGCUCUUAAGUUGUCAAUGGAAGAAGAAGAAAUGAGAAAAUUAAAGAAUCAACAAAAUGAGAGUUUGUUGGAUUUGGACGCUCCAGUAGCUCAACCGCAGUACUAUUUGACUACGGGAUACUACCAGGAACAACCUCAGCAAUUCUUCCCUCAACAGCAAUUCCAACAGCAGCAGCAGUACGACAUGUUUGGCAAUCCAAUACAAAGUGCUAUGAACACCGGAUUGUAUCCUCAGCAAACUUACUACCAACAGCCUGCUGCUCAGUAUCAACAAGCCAACCAGUUCACUGGCUUCAAUUAUGGACAGCCACAGCAGCAACAGGAUCAAUUACAGCCAUUGAAGACUGGUUCCAACAACCCCUUUGCCUUACUGUCAGAGCCUGCUGCUCCUAAGCCUCCUGCUCAGCAGUCGUUAAACGAAUUGUCACAGCAACAAGCUGUACCUACUUUCUUCACACAACCUCCUCAACCACAACAACCGGUGAAGACUCAAACUACUUCUGGCUCCAAGUUCAACGAGACCCACUCAGAGUUGAACGACUUGUUGGCACAGGGAACAGGCAUUGAUACCUUCGGCAACAUUGGAGCUUCGAGAAUCCCUCAUCAGCACACUAAGACGCAGACUUUCAUCAACUCUAGUGGUACUGGUUAUAGACAGACGGAUGGUCAACAGCCUCAGUUGAGCUCCAAUGCCACUGGUAACCCAUUCUUGAACACUGGUAUUGGAUACCAACAGCAACAGCAGCAGGCUCAGCCUCAAAUAAGUGCCGCAUACACAGGCUACGGCUUUGGCAACGCCCAGCCACAGCAACAGCAGCAGCAACAGAGAUAUGCCAACGAUGGACCCAGUUUGAUAGAUAUCUGACCAUUCCAAACUCUAUAAUGGACCAGGAGUGCGAUGUCUAUAUGAAAAACUCUACUUUUCUUCUUGAUUGUUAUUGAUGAUUAUCCACCUUUUUUCAUCUUUUCUUUUAGGUGAUAUAUUAUGUUACUUUACUUUUAUUGCGUUGCACUCUGUCAUUCAUUGUUUCUACAUAGAUCCAUUUCAGAAUUAGUAAAUAUAUACUAGAAAAGCAUUCCA